GCUCUGAUGCGCAUGCGCAAACACGUUCACCACGCUCCGAGCUAAGGCGCAUGCGUCCCCUGAAAUUGCCUCCACCCGGUCUACCUUCCAGUUUCCAGUUCCGGCCUCCAAGGGGCGGGCAGAAGCUGGAAACAUGCGGCUGUCGGUCGCUGCAGCGAUCUCCCAUGGCCGCGUAUUUCGCCGUAUGGGCCUCGGUCCCGAGUCCCGCAUCCAUCUGUUGCGGAACUUGCUCACAGGGCUGGUGCGGCACGAACGCAUCGAGGCACCAUGGGCGCGUGUGGACGAGAUGAGGGGCUACGCGGAGAAGCUCAUCGACUAUGGGAAGCUGGGAGACACCAACGAACGAGCCAUGCGCAUGGCUGACUUCUGGCUCACAGAGAAGGAUUUGAUCCCAAAACUGUUUCAAGUACUGGCCCCUCGGUACAAAGAUCAAAAUGGGGGCUACACGAGAAUGCUGCAGAUUCCAAAUCGGAGUUGGGAUCGGGCGAAGAUGGCAGUGAUCGAGUAUAAAGGGAAUUGCCUCCCACCCCUGCCUCUGCCUCGCAGAGACAGCCACCUUACACUCCUAAACCAGCUGCUGCAGGGUUUGCGGCAGGACCUCAGCCAGAGCCGGGAAGCAAGCAACCACAGCUCCCACACAGCUCAAACACCAGGGAUUUAACUGGAUCUGAAGAGUCUGCAGCCCUUAAUCAGUACCCAUGAUCACAGGCCUUUGGAGUGCUUUUACUCUCUGAGAAGAACUGGAGCUAGAGAUGUAAAAUGGACAGUCUUGAUGGGGUUGAGAACCUUCUGGGAAGCCAGAUGACCCUAUCUUUGCACAAUAGAUAAAAGUCUUUAUAUGAAUAUAUAUAAAUUCAUUUCUUUUUUCCUUCCUGUGGGAUUUCUGGAGAAUGAGAAUUAUCCAAAUGCUCAGUCCACCUGAGAUAGUAAAUUCAUGGCUUAUGCUUCUGGUCCUUAAAUUUGGGUUAUUUUUGGUUAGUGCAAUUUUGUUUUUCUUAAUGCCAGUUUACAUGGGAAUGCAUCCUAUAAUUCCAAAUGUUGCCAGAAGUGGUUGUGUUUUGACAUCUGGUCUCCUAGAGAUGAGUGCUUGGGAUUUCUUAGAGAAAGAUUACUUCCUGACAGGGGUAGGGGAGUGACAAUCUGCAAGUGAAACUUCCUUAAACAAUCUAGUACCCCACGAACCUUCAGGGGACAGGAUCACACAUUACCUUAAUGUGUUCCCUUCAACCCCCUGAGUGGGCCUGGGAGGAGAGGACCCAAGAACUCAGAUGUUCCACCAGUUUGGCCAAAGGGGUGGAGACAUUCAGCAGAGGAUGUUGGGCUCCGGGAUAAGCUCCUUCCUCUUGUUGGGGUAAGGGGUAAGAAAGAGGGUCUAUGCGAGAGAAGGAUUAGGAAAUUAAACCUCCUGGGAAUUUCCUGGAAGUUUUUAUUGUUGUCAAAUCUGGCCUCUCUGGGAACUCAGAAAAGGGAAAUCCGGCUUCAGAAUGUGAGAAGCUGGGAGCCCCUUUCUUGGCACAGCCAAGCUGCCAUUCCCUUGGGUUCAGAGGCUUUAGUAGGGUGGUAGUUAUGGAAAGACUUAGAAAGGAGCCAUCACUCUUGGUCUGAACACUUGAUAGCAGUGCCUGAUAAUUGCCAUAUCCCCAGUAAAGUAGGUAGAAGACAUUUUAUCUUAGGCUCUAUCUUCUGAGUGUAUUUGGCCCACUGAACCCAUCUACUGUCUGAGAUAAUAAGUAAGAGUAAGGGUAAAGGGAUCACUGGUGUAGCAGACAUGGCUUCAGUGACAGAACGAACUAUUCUGAUGCUAAUUUAGCUGUAGCUGCCUUAGUCAUACUCGUCUACUUCCAACAGAGCUCUUUAUCUCUUUUUCUGUACUCUGGUUUGUUCUUCAUAUUAUAGCCAGAAAGCUCUUAUAUUUUAAAUGAAAUAUAGUAGACAUUCAAAACAUUUAUGAAAUAAAGCUGCAACUCUGCUUCUGCUAAAAAA